AUAAAAUGUCUAAAAUCUGCGAACGUUAACAGAACAAACUCAGACGAGCGGAGCUAGCGUCUGAGUCGGUUAACUCAGUCGCAAUGACAAGAUCGUUGGUACUGCUUCUCGCCUCUCUCUUUCUCUCUGUAACGGCAACGAACGCCGUCGAUUCUCCGGCCGAUAGCGCAGCGCCGCCGUCUUGUUCGGAUCACUGGAGCCAAAAGUCUAUUGCGUGUGAGGUGGAAGGGGCGAAGCUCAAAUUCGCUCGAUUAGAAUCGAUACUCGAGGAAAAAAUUGGAGACUUAAACGCGAGAACUCAGUAUUUCGGUGAUUGCCAGAGGAGAAUCGAAGAGUUGACAUCAGAGAUUGAUCGUCUGAAAACUGUGUUUUCGGAUUUUGAGGAAGAUCAGUCGCGUAAAAAUGUGAACCUCAGUGCUCUUGAGGAAGAGGUCAGACUUCUCUGGGCAGCCUCUCGUAAGAAUAACUUUGAAAUCUACGGUUUGGAGCAAAAAGCAUUUGAUGCUGAAAGAAGGUUAAAAGCAGUUGCUUCACAAGUUGAAGAGACAUCUCAAAUUGUAUCAGAACAGUGGAUUCAAAUUCAGAAACUUGAGCAGGCUCUUUACAUGGUUGAGGUGCGGACAUCAAAAAUUAGAAAGGAACUCUGGAAAAGAUGCCCAGUUGUUAAGUUCUUUGUAAAUCUUUACGGUGAUUUUCUCAAAACACUGAUGGGGAUCUUGGAUCCUUAUGUCCCGAGGGAUGGAUCUAUGUUUGCUAUUGUGAGAUCUCAAGCUUUCCAGACAUUUGCAACUGUGAAGCAUUACCAUCAUCAGUUGCAAGGAGUUGUAAGACAUGCAAUUGAGAGCCAUGAACUAACUGCAUCUCUUGCUCACGAGGAGGUUGUAUUUUUUGUGGCAUCAGCCCUCGUUGCUUUCCCCAUAAUGAUGGCCUGCAUGUUACUCCUAUCACAAUUUAGCUAGCUGGAAACAGUGACGGCCUUGUGGAUAUAGGAAGUCGAUAGGGGCAAAUCUUCUGGCAAAUGCUGUGGGAUUAAGGACUAUCUUGGUUGUUGCCUAUAAAGAGGACCUUAAGGAUAUUUCCAAUAUGAAUGCUGAUAUUAGCGUCUCGUCUCUGCAACCCUUCGACUGCAGGUCGAGUUUUCCAUGGCAGGGGCGACUGGAAGGUUUACUGCGGUUUAAGCAUGUUAAAUCUUUCAGUAGGACUGCUUCAUAUAUAGUUACAUUUUUUUGAGAGGGGGAAAAUGCUGUGUUUUUUGCUGCUGAUUCUUGUAAUUUUCGGGUUGCAGUAAUCAUAGAGAAACAUUUUAGAUAUUAGCAAAUAUAUUUGAAGUACUCUCUUUUUAAUA